UCCCCCCUGGGUCGGACGCUGAGCUGAACCGCGGGCGGGAGGAUCGACGGACGGACUGACGGGACGGGCGGCGGGCGAGCAAGAUGGCGCAGACUCAGGGCACCAAGAGGAAAGUCUGUUACUACUACGACGGUGAUGUUGGAAAUUACUAUUAUGGACAAGGCCACCCAAUGAAACCUCACCGAAUCCGUAUGACUCACAAUUUGCUACUUAACUAUGGUCUCUACAGAAAAAUGGAAAUCUAUCGCCCUCACAAAGCCAACGCUGAGGAGAUGACAAAGUACCACAGUGAUGACUACAUUAAAUUCUUGCGUUCCAUCCGCCCAGAUAACAUGUCUGAGUACAGCAAGCAGAUGCAAAGAUUCAACGUUGGUGAGGACUGUCCAGUAUUUGAUGGCCUGUUUGAGUUCUGUCAGUUAUCUACUGGUGGCUCUGUGGCAAGUGCUGUGAAACUUAAUAAGCAACAGACGGACAUCGCCGUGAAUUGGGCUGGGGGCCUGCACCAUGCAAAGAAGUCCGAGGCAUCUGGCUUCUGUUACGUCAAUGAUAUCGUCUUGGCCAUCCUGGAACUGCUAAAGUAUCACCAGAGGGUGCUGUAUAUUGACAUUGAUAUUCACCAUGGUGAUGGCGUGGAAGAGGCCUUCUAUACCACAGACCGCGUUAUGACUGUGUCCUUCCAUAAAUACGGAGAGUACUUCCCAGGAACUGGGGACCUACGGGAUAUUGGGGCUGGCAAAGGCAAGUAUUAUGCUGUUAACUACCCGCUCCGAGAUGGGAUUGAUGAUGAGUCAUAUGAGGCCAUUUUCAAGCCGGUCAUGUCCAAAGUAAUGGAGAUGUUCCAGCCUAGUGCGGUCGUCUUACAGUGUGGCUCUGACUCCCUCUCUGGGGAUCGGUUAGGUUGCUUCAAUCUGACCAUUAAAGGGCAUGCCAAGUGUGUGGAAUUUGUGAAGAGCUUCAACUUGCCUAUGCUAAUGCUGGGAGGAGGUGGCUACACCAUCCGUAAUGUUGCCCGGUGCUGGACAUACGAAACAGCCGUGGCCCUGGACACAGAGAUCCCUAAUGAGCUUCCAUACAACGACUACUUUGAAUACUUUGGACCAGAUUUCAAACUUCACAUCAGUCCUUCCAAUAUGACUAACCAGAACACUAAUGAGUACCUGGAGAAGAUCAAGCAGCGACUGUUUGAGAACCUGAGAAUGCUGCCCCAUGCUCCUGGGGUCCAAAUGCAGGCGAUUCCUGAGGACGCCAUCCCAGAGGAGAGCGGAGAUGAGGAUGAAGAAGACCCUGACAAGCGCAUCUCAAUCUGUUCCUCUGACAAACGAAUUGCCUGUGAGGAAGAGUUCUCAGAUUCUGAUGAGGAGGGAGAGGGUGGCCGCAAGAACUCUUCCAACUUCAAAAAAGCCAAGAGAGUCAAAACAGAAGAUGAGAAAGAAAAAGACCCAGAAGAGAAGAAAGAAGUCACAGAAGAGGAGAAGACUGAGGAGAAGCAAGAAGCCAAAGGGGUCAAGGAGGAGGUCAAGUUGGCCUGAGCAGACCUCUCCAGUUCUGGCAUCUUGCCAGCUCCCCCACCCCCCCACCUUUCUCCCCAAGCCCCUCAGAUUCCUCAGAUUUUAUAUUUUCUAUCUCUCUGCAUAUUUAUGUAAAAAUAUAUUAAAUAUAAAUAUUCCCAGGGACUAGAACCAGAACCCUGAACCCAGGCACACAUGCUGGGUCUCCUAGCAGCUGCCUUGCUUCCCCAAUUCUUAAUCUUAAACCUUAAAGGGUGCAUCUGGGUGAAAGGGAUACUCUUAAAGCAGCCAUAGCACAAAAUCCUGAAAGCCUAAGUGCCUGCUUUUAGAAUCUAUGAAGAGGCACCCUAACUGAACAUUCUAGAAGGGAUGGCUGGAUCUUCAGGGGCCCCCUGUUCUUUGUAGGCUCCUUAAGGCAACAGCAGCCACUAUUAGGUUAGUUUUAUUCUGAUACCUUUCUACUUGCCCCAAGUGAGCCAAGAAACUCAAGCUACCUGCCCUCUGUCCUCCCUCAGUUCUGCUCAUCAGUUUCUUUUUUGAGAUUUUUUGCAUUUUUAUGAGAACCUUUGUAAUAAAAUGGUACAUUUCUAUGCCCUCCUGAGCUUGUCUCCUGGCAGUAUUCUCUGGGUUGAC